AUGCCCGUCAUGACGGACGAAUGCUUCAACCGGAUCCAAAGAUCUCAGAACGAGCACCAGCAAGGACGUUCUGGCAUGGGCAAGAACAGAAAAGAGCCCGUCUUUAGUGCCGAGAAAAAGGGCCCUUCCAGUGCAUCAGAACUUGACUCAAAUAUCGUCCCAGAUGCAAGUGGCACCAAUAAAAAUAUUGCCAGACAUAAAUUACUCAGCUCAUACUGA